GGGAGAGCUGUACGCAAAUUGUGUGAUUUUGUGUGCGUGUUGUGUGUGUGUGUAAGAGAGAGAGAGAGAGAGAGAUGGGGGAUCUGUAUGCGUUGGAUUUUGAUGGAGUGCUCUGUGAUAGCUGUGGAGAAAGCUCUCUCUCUGCUGUUAAGGCUGCCAAAGUGAGAUGGCCUGCUCUAUUCGAUGGUGUAGAUUCAGCGAUGGAGGAUUGGGUUGUUGAUCAGAUGUACAUCGUGCGGCCUGUGGUGGAAACUGGAUAUGAAAAUGUACUAUUGGUGAGGCUGCUAUUGGAAAUGAAAAUUCCAUCCAUUUCCAAGUCUUCGGUUGCAGAGGGACUCACAGUUGAAGGGAUAUUAGAGAAUUGGUCAAAGAUAAAACCUGUGAUUAUGGAAGAAUGGGAUGAGAAAAGGGAUGUUCUAGUAGACCUUUUUGGAAAGGUCAGGGAUGAAUGGAUGGAGAAGGACUUGGCUACAUGGAUUGGUGCAAACAGAUUUUAUCCAGGUGUUUCUGAUGCCCUUAAGUUUGCUAGCUCAAGGAUAUAUAUAGUCACCACAAAACAGAGCCGUUUUGCUGAUGCAUUACUUCGAGAGAUUGCAGGAGUAACUAUAGCACCUGAAAGAAUCUAUGGUCUGGGAACUGGUCCCAAAGUAGAAGUGCUGAAGCAGCUACAAAAGAAACCAGAACUCCAGGGAUUGACAUUACACUUUGUAGAAGACCGGCUUGCCACCCUGAAGAAUGUUAUCAAUGAGUCUGAAUUGGACAAAUGGAAUUUGUACUUAGGGGACUGGGGAUAUAACACUCAGAAAGAGAGAGCAGAAGCUGCUAACAUUCCCAGAAUUCGCCUUCUUGGGCUAUCUGAUUUUAGUAAGAAGCUGAAAUGACCAUCUUCUUCGCCUUAAUUUUCCAAACCCUCAUACAGAAUCUACCAAUUACAUAUUUCAUGAAGACGAAACAUUUUCUGGCAAACUGUCAAGAGUCUUCUGAACAAGGGAACUCAGUAUUGCAUGAUUUGUUGGUAUCAUAUGCACAUGAUUUUGAAAUUUAUUACGAUGAGAUUAUGAAUAAGUGGAUUUUUCCAAUGAUGAAUUGAGGCACAGUUUUACAAUAUUAUCUGGUCCAUCUCUGCAGGUUCCUUUCUCAGUUGAUAAUACAUUCUAUGGAGUAAGAUUCAGUACCAUUGGGGCAAUGAAUUAACAUCCCUUCUAAAAUAGAAUCUUUAUGAUUAAGCAGAACUAAUGGAAGAAACAUGCACAUAUUAUAUGUAUAGCUUAUGCAGAUACUUGAAACAGUGAUAUGUAUAGAAGCAAAAACUGUCUGAUGAAAUAGGAAGAGAGGAACAGACAUUGAUUAGUAGAUGGAACUAUUUGUAUUUGGGAAUGAUCUCUAGGAGAUGCAUAUGUCAAUUGGUAAAAUGUACAAAUUACAUGACUGAAUUCAUUUAACUAACCCAUAACUUCAUGGAUAAAGCACCAUGAAGUGAGCAUGUUUUGUAGAACUAUACAGCGCGCUAAUGAAG